GCACUGGGCCCCGGGCGCGCGGCGGCACCAGGCUUUGUGUGUGCGCGUAUGUGUGUGAGUGUGUGUCUGUGCGCGAGUGAGAGAGCGGGCGAGUGUGGCGAGCAGGACCCGGCGGGCGCGCUCCCCCAGCCUCUCUCGCUCUCUCUUCUCUCUCUCUCUCCCUCCCCGCCAGAACCAUGUCGGGCAGGUCGGUUCGAGCCGAGACCAGGAGCCGGGCCAAAGAUGAUAUCAAGAGGGUCAUGGCGGCUAUCGAGAAAGUGCGCAAAUGGGAAAAGAAAUGGGUGACCGUUGGCGACACGUCCCUGCGAAUCUACAAGUGGGUCCCCGUCACGGAGCCAAAAGUUGAUGACAAAAACAAGAAUAAGAAGAAAGGCAAGGAUGAGAAAUGUGGCUCCGAGGUGACCACUCCGGAGAACAGCUCGUCCCCCGGGAUGAUGGACAUACAUGAUGAUAACAGCAAUCAGAGCUCCAUAGCAGACGCCUCCCCCAUCAAACAGGAGAACAGCAGCAACUCCAGCCCCGCCCCAGAGCCCAACGCACCUGUGGCCGGUGAUGGCACCGAAGCCAAGGCUGAUGAGGCGCAGGCCGAAGGAAAGGAGCAUCCUGGAGCUGAAGAUGCUUCCGAUGAGCAGAAUUCACAGUCUUCGGUGGAAAACUCAGUGAACAGUUCAGAAAAAGCAGAACGGCAGCCAUCUGCAGAAUCGGGCUUGACAGCGGAAACAUCGGCAGUCUCUCAGGAUUUGGAAGGAGCGCCGCCCUCUAAGAAGAUGAAGCUGGAAGCCUCGCAACAGAACUCUGAAGAGAUGUAGGUGCCCGGUGGAACUCUUUGCCCAUGUCUCAUGGCAGGUACAUCAGCAGGCUUAACUCUAGACCGUUGCCCAAGCGAUCCCUCUUGGGUGUGAACAGAACUAACGUUUCAAGUUUUACUAAGUGCAAAUCCAAGAAAAACCUAGAACGGCCGGAACUUCUCAGACACUGACGAACUCUGCUGUGAAGUGAAACGCGCGAACCUUCAAGCGACUGCCCUUGGGGAGGUGGGUCGACAGCUCAGGAGUGUCUGCACACUGUCUCGGAAGCCAAGAUUACAUUUGCGUUGCUGCUGUGUCCCUCCCCGCCCCCUCCCACCUCUCUAAUUAAUGAUAUAAGCUAUUUGAGGGUGGUGCCAAUCAGGAAUUUGCUUUCCAUAGGGGCUUUUGAACUUUUCAACCAAUUCCUUCCGCUUUCUUUUUUUGUGCCUUGUACCCUAGAGGUGACCUCUGGCAUGUUUCCUGGUUUUUGCAUCUCUCCUGGCAAAGUGCCCACUUGUUUUGGUUGGCUGCUGCCCCUUACUGCCGCUCUCUCCCCUGCCCCAAGCUGGCAGGGUAGAGCGGGCAGGAGAUCAGGCACCUUUCAGUGGCUCCUGGUUCAGGUGAGCAGUGUUGGGGCACACCCUGAGCCCCAACUUCCAGGGCCCCUGGGGCUAUAAAUGUCGGGCCCCAUUUCCCAAGGGCUGGCCUCCCCGGUUCAGGGCAUGCCCUCACCUCCUGGAGCCACGGAGGCUGGAGGUUUGCGAGCCACAGUAGCCCAGAUUGACAUGCAAAGCCUUUAGAUUCUUCUGGCACCUUCUACCCUCUCUUGCCCCUACUAUAGCCACCACUGGCAACUGCUUUCUCCAGGCCCUCUGAAGACAAAACGACUGUGAGCUAGUCUCCUUAGCACAGGGCUGCGGAGGUUGGGAGCCGGCAGGGCGGCAGGGUUAGCUGGUGCUGAACUCUCCCACGGGACAUUGCUUGGAUUUCAAAUCCAUGGAAACCUGCUGCCCUUUGUCCCUGUCUCUCAUCCUGACUCCCACCCUCACCCCC